AUAAUCCGAUGAGAGAAGAAGAAGCAUCUGAAGCUCCGACAGAAGGAGAAGCGGAGAAACAAAGGAGGGAAUCUUUGCUCCUGGGGGAUAAUCUGGCCGCCAUGUUGUUUGUUUUGAUUCGCAGCCUGUAGCCCCCCCUCCUCCUCCUCCUCCAGCUGCUGUCUCGUUCUCCUUCUUGUUUCUCCUUCUGGUUUCUCCUCCUGCAGACAUGGAGAGCCUCUAUAAGCGCAAAAUGUUCGCCUCCAUGAGGAGAACCAAGGCGGCCGCCUCCAAGAAGCGGCAGAUCGGCCUCCCCGCCUCCAUCCUGGACGACAGCGAUGAAGGCUCCUUCUCCUCCUCCUCCUCCUCCUCCGGCUCCCAGUCGGACUUCCGGAGCUCCGCGGAGGAGGACCGGGACUGGAGCCAGUCCGGGGGGGGGAGCUCCAGCGACGACAGCCGCUCGGUGAGCCGCAGGAAGCGCUCCUUCCUGGGAGGAGGCGACAGCUCCUCUUCCUCCAGCCCCGAGGAGGAGAAGAAGGAGAAGGAGGAGCAGGAGGGAAGGAGCCAGCCGAAGACGAAGGCCCCUCCGAGGAAGAGGAGCAGGCUGCAGCGGCAGGAGGAGUCCGACUCCGAGCAGACAGAGGAGAAGAAGAAGGAGGAGGAGGAGAAGGAGAAGAAGAGGAAGAGGCACAACAAGCUCCUGGAGCUUUCCCAGAGGAUGAAGGCCCGGGACCCCGCAAGGAGGAGGAGCAGGCCCCCUCAGGGUUCUGAUGAAGAUGAAGGGUCCAAAGAGGACGGAACCAGAGGAAGCCGCGGGGCGGGGGAGGAGGACCAGUAGAACCGGUCCGGUCUGUAGAACCUGAGACCCAAACUGUUUGGUUCCUUCGGACUAAUGAUGCUUCAGGGUUGCCAUAGCAACGAACCCAGAGAGCCGGUUCUGGACCGGUCCGGACUCCUGCUGAUGAAGGAAGAGCCUCCAGUCCGUUUUCAGGAGCCAAGCCGAACAGAACCGACCCGGUUUGGAGGCUGAGUUCUUCUCUGUGGGCGGAGCUUCUUCAGCGAUACCGGACUCCAUUUCCCACAAUGCUUUCUGCUGCCUAGACGAACGGAUCAGGACUCCAGAACUUUGUGCGUUCUGCAGCAUUGACCCGUUUACGCAGCCCUGGAAUCUGGUUCUGUUGGUUCUGGCCCGGUUCAUCUGAACCACAUCUGGACCCUGAGGAGAACUCCUUUGUUCCUGAAUGAGCCGGACCACCUGGUUCUUUCUGGACCGGUUCUGACCCGGUUACAGUUAACACCCAGGUUCUGAUGAAAGAACAAUCCUGGGUCCAAACAGCAGAGUUCUGUAGAACAACCCAGAAAAGGGGGGGGAGUGGGGUCUGGUUCUACCAGCUGUUCUGUUGCCAUGGCAGCGCUCCUGUUGCCAUGGCAGCUCCUGUUCAUAUAAUCCAAACAUGUUGAAUAAAUGGCUUCCUGUGUGCUGCUGCGUUUGUGGAAAAUGGGACAAAGCGCUUCCAUCCUUCCUGCUUCAGUUCAUCUAUUUAGCUGGAAGCUGAAGCUUCGGCCUCAUCAAUAAAAAGUAUUCACACCCCUG